AGCAUUUCAUCAAUUCCUCCUUCCAACCAGAACACAGCAAUCCCGCGUAUGCACUGUACACGACUCUGUCUCCGUUAAACGGGCUAGGAGGAGGGACUACGAGCACUACGUGCUUGAAGAACCGUUCAAAAUUGACCACGAGAAUAUUGUACACCUGGAAAUCAACAUAUAUAGUCGUCUGAGGAGCAGUUGUCGCCUUUUUGAAUCGGUUUAAUUGAUCGUGAUGUCCGCUUCGCAGUUUUCUGUCUGUUACAGUGUUGAUAAAUAUUGCUACAUAGCUAGCCAGCAAGCCAAUAUCGAGCAAACCGGAGUCAACCACCAACAUCGCGAGUUGAAUGAAGACGCUUUGAAUGGGCUGUAGCCUAUCCCGUGUAGAUAAGACAGUUGUGUAGCUAACGUUACUGUAGCUAGUUAUCUGAAGUGCAUCGUUUUUGUUUGUUUAUUGGCCUGUUAUUUCUCUCAUUGGUAUCGGUGAAGAAGAGACGAGCAGAUAUCGAGGACGGUAUUGAUUGGAUAUCCAUGAGCUCCGAUUUCCAGCACUACAGUUUCAGGAUGCCUAAUAUCGGGUUCCAGAACCUUCCCCUCAACAUCUACAUUGUGGUGUUUGGGACCGCCAUCUUUGUCUUCAUCCUCAGCCUUCUCUUCUGCUGCUACUUGAUAAGGUUAAGGCACCAGGCGCACAAGGAGCUGUAUGCAUACAAACAAGUUAUACAGAAGGAAAAGGUCAAAGAGCUAAAUUUGCAUGAGAUAUGUGCGGUGUGCUUGGAGGAGUUCAAACAGAAAGACGAGCUGGGGAUUUGCCCGUGCAAACACGCCUUUCACAGGAAGUGCCUCAUUAAGUGGCUGGAGGUGAGGAAGGUGUGCCCGCUGUGCAACAUGCCUGUUCUACAGCUCGCCCAACAGGCGGGCGUCACCAUCGACGUCACCAUCGACGUCACCGUGCCCAUACAGCAGCACCUGCCAGGCGUGGAAAAUCUGGUGUAGCGCAAACCGCAGUGCUCACACACACACACACAUGUACAGGUACACUUAUGCCUCGAUCACACCGACAGCGUCAUUGCAUUUUUGGUACACCAGAAGUACAUUCAUUUCCAAUGGAACGCUGUGUUUACCUUGUAGCAUCGAACUGUAUGAGUAGGCGGCUUGACAGAAAUGGUAGCAGAAGGUGAAUGCUGAACUUUUGCUGCACACAUAUCCAGAUGAUGCCGUGCACCAUUUUGCGCAAUGACUCUGUAGGUGCGAUCGAGGCGUUAUAUAUGAUUAAAAGACAGGGCAGAAAAUGGAGAAACACAACAGUGUUACGAUGCGGACAGAGACUCACGGCGACGAAGAAGUGAAUCUGCUGCCUCAUCUCUCUACCUUUGGUGGAUUCACAUACGGAUUUUUUUAUAAUAACGGUUCUUUUUAUUGACAAUUGCAUUUUUUCUUGUGGACACAGCCGUGGUCACUAUUCUGACCGUUUCACAACCAAAGCACUUUUCUGGGGACACCAGCGUGUGACGAAUAAGAGACAUAAAAACCAACAACUACCACACGUUGAUAUGAAAAUGGCUUCAUCGUUUCGUUUUCUUUUUAACGACUAAACUUGUAUUUUUUUUUCUUUUUUCUACAAGCACUUUAAACAUUUUACUCAAACUUAAAUUGCUUGUGAGGAGGUUGGAGUAGCAACAAGGUUAUUUUAUUAUUACGAUGAACCUUUUUUGUGUGUACAUAGAGCCACAUGAGUUCAUUUUUUAGUUGAGUGGAGAUUUUUCUUUGGGGGGGGGGGGGGGCAUACUAUCUUAAAGGGACAGUAGCCUCCAGAUGAAUUGACGUCAGGAUACUCGUGGGAUGCUCAAGGAACCUCAGAAUUCUGUGGCCUGAUCCUCCCUCUCCCUCACACAUGCAAAAAAGGAUAUUGGAGGUGUGUGUAUGAAGGGAGGGUCAGCCCAACCUCAGUACUUGGUGUUUAAACAACUUAAUGUGAAUUAAGAGGGCAUGGGUUCGAAUGUGGGUUUGUGACUAGGAUGUGAUUCACCGGUGCAUCCGACUCUGCGUCCCCUCUUGCUUAUGAAGGUUGUACAGUUUGUUACUCACUGCACACCUCAGCGUCUGCGUUCCCAAAUGGCACCCUAUUCUCUAAAAAGUGCACUAUUUAGGGAAUAGGGUGCCAUUUGGGACACAGACUGUGUGUGUUUUUUACAAGGCCUUUCUGUGGCCACUUUCACGGUCUGCAUCUGUCAUUUCAGAAAAAAACUAUAGUUACUAUUCUGUUUGUGAACUAAUUGUUAAAACGCAACAAUGCCGAGGUCGUAUUUUCAUUGAGAGAUUUUUCACUAGGAGGUUUUAUAAGGGUCGAAUCAAAUUAAAAUAGUAGAAUUCCCCAGACACACACUCCCAACUGUGGAGGGGUCCUGGCCUCAGUCACUUCCUGUGGACGAGCGACCAGGAAGUAAGAGUAACCUAACACCCCGAGCCCAUGGCACCCCUAGAGCUAACAUCCAAUCAUAUGCCUCUGUUCUUGUUACAUAAGAACCCCACCCCCCCGGCCCGCAGCGCUCCCAAAGCAUUACUCCAUUCAGCUUGUGGCAACGGAGCGCUAUGAAAACACAUAGUUGGAAGACUCCUCUUUGGUUUUCUACGUUUAAAAAUAAAUCCCUCUCUUGCUGUCCUCUGGUUUGAGUUUGAAUGAGGUUUAGCCUGAUGGAAGUCUAAAACAACUAUCCCAAUCGACACACUAAAUAUAAAUAGUAAACGAGUACUUCAUAUAAUGACAAGAUGAUUUAUAUUCCAUAUUGUCUCCGACGUGAUCAUGUCUAGAAUCAUAUAUUCUAUAGGCUAAUCUUUAUGAAACCUAGAACAAAUACUGGUCCACUAAGGCAGGGGUUCUUAAACCUUUCCAGUUUGAGCACCAAAUUAGAAAUUGAUUAUCCUUCCCUGACCCAAAUGGUCCGCCAACAACCCAAAUGAAGAAGAAAUAGUGCGUGAUUAUAUUAUCACAUGCCCAGGUCCCACUUUGGGUCCCGACCCAUAGUUUCCCUGCACUAAGGCAUUGUUGCAUUUUGACUGCUAUACAUAAACGUAUAAAACCAGACACGUUUGCUCAGUUAAUUGCAUUUCCAUUUCCAACUUUUGACACAGAAUGAUGGUAGUGAACGCUACAGGGUGACACAGCACUGCCUUGGAACGUGAAAGGCUUGGUGAAAUGUACCAAGUUGUGACACUAUGCAAACUAAGCAACAGACCUUGUCUCUUGUUUGCUAGCCGUUACUGAUGUAGUAACAGGACCACCCGGGCAUUCACUUCGUUCUCAAUUCAGUCAACGAUUCAAAGCUGCUUCUAUGAUUUAGUGAUUACUAAAAGCUAUUUAGCUUUAGCUUAGCAUUGAUCUAAUUAGGCUAUGAGGGAUGUAGGCUAAGCAUCUAGUUCAAAUUCUGGCAGCACUCAGCAUAUCGGUAGAUGUCAUUGAGCUGGUAUAGGCCCUGGUCAGCAGUCGUAGAGAAUAGGUGUUUUAGCAGGCUCAUUCUAGCGCUUUCCCCAAUUGCGCUCUCCACACUGGUGUUUUGUUCACCGCUACACACACACACACACACACACACACACACACACACACACACACACACACACACACCAACCCCUCCACCCUGGUGCUUUGUUCACCGCUACACACACACACACACCAACCCCUCCACCCUGGUGCUUUGUUCCACCACCUUUUGUGGGAUCACUGUAGUAAAAGUGCUGUGUGAUAGUUUGGAACAGAGGGGGAAACAGUGUCCCAUAGGUCAGGGGUCAGCUUGUGUCAAAGGUCACAGACUAGAUCUAGGUGAUGGGUCAUAAUAAUGCCGUUCAAUACACCUUCAUUUAUAAGACAGCCUUGUCUGUCCUAACAGGGUCGAUUCGGUUCUUCCCUCUUAAGUGUUUGUAACUUUUCAGGACCCCGGCUUUUUCAGUGCCGAGCAUCAGGCCCAGCUCCAGAACCACUGCGCUCGUGUCUCCUAAAAAUGGAAUGGUAUUCUUAGAGUUCUAGUCAAUUCUAUGAACUGUCUUCCGUUUUUGAAGUGUUAAGACCACAGAGUCAUCAACCACCCAACGAAAUUGACUGUGUCCAUUGGCCUUACUUUCGAACAACAACCGAGGGGAAUGUUAGCCUACUGUCGCUAGCUGGUGAAAAGAAUAGUAUAACAUUUGUUGCCAAUAUCAGAAACAAUGCCCCCCCCACCCAAUAAUAUCUAUUGUGUUGGAGGAUGACGAUUGUGAUUAUGAUAUUUUUUUUAACUUGUGCUUUACUUACGAUGUGUGUUCAUUUUGGCCAUUUGUUCGAAGAGACACUAGUCUGGCUGAAUGUGGAAUGAGAAAAACCAUAACCUUUUUAUUGAAGGCGCCCGCCGUUGCUAGCAUGUGCGGGUCGCUUCGGUACCCGUUUGACUCUUCUGGGUUCUUCUGUGUGGCUACACACACAAAUUUGCCUCGCAGGAACCUAUGGAGGUGUCACCCUUUCUGUAUAUCACUCAAAUAUAAGUAUAUAACACACCUCUUUGUACAAAGAGACUUCGACUCGGAUAUUCAUCUCAAAACUCCCAACUUUGGACCAGUCGAACUUAUCUUUUGACAACUAGCCCCACCAGACUCCCAUAUUGUAACUCGUAGCCAACAUGAAACACAGCCGGUCUUGAAGCUUCAUCCUCUACUACGUGUGGUUGUCUCUGAAUUUACGGUUUAGAGGGAGAUAUAACAUAGGACUGGGCGAGACCGAUAAUGUGAAAGCAUGCGAUGAAAUGGCGACUGCACCUGCAACCAAUUGUACCAUUGUAAUUGUACAUGGAGUAGUAGUAGUGUUGGUAGGAAGGCAUACUGCAUAAACACUUUUUACUGUGAGGGGUUGUGCAUUGUGCACCGAUAAUUCUUCCAUCAAACACUGCAUCUGCGCACUUAACUGCCAUUUGCCCAUCCGAGAAUUGUAACAAUGCCAGCCAUUAUGUAAUGAUUUCUUUCAAAUGAGAGUUGAAGGUCAGAAGAGAACCCUUAUCUAUUAUACCCCAUUUCUUCCUGUGUAACUCCCUAAUCCUUCCCCCACGCUUCUCGGACCAGACAUGGUUCUAGGUUCUCUCCGAGUCCUGGAAAGUAGCCACGGUCAAGUGCCAGAACAGCAGGCAGUUAUAGGCCCUUACGCAAGAGGAAGGAAUAAUGUGUAUAUUCAUAGUGAAUAAUCACCUAUCGUCUACUAGUUAUUACUGCACAAGAUACCAGGCCAAAUCUAUUUGAAAAACAUUGGGAGUUUGGACGGUUGAAUUUAGUGAUGAGUCACCCCACUGUAAUCUCCAUGGACGUCAGCAGUGUUCCAGAGACCGCCAGACUAUUGGGGCUGUAAUAUUAAAGGACUAUGAUGUACUUGCUUCAAUAUCAUGAAUUACUGAGAGGAGAGUGAGGCUCUUUGUCACGACAGCAACCAAAUUACGUAAUAACGGACCCCUUAUCGUGUAUCCUUUCUAUAAGGUGCUUUUAUCUCAGAAAGUAUACCCAGAGACAGAAGAGGAAGUGGAACAUCCCACUCCCUCAUUUUUGUUUUCUGUUUCAAUGGAAGCCAAAUGAACUAAGUAGACCAGACCAAGCUGCUAUCGCAUUGGUGUCUAUAGUAGAGCCAUCCCCUUAAGUAGACAUUUUUUUCAAUGGUAAACGGCCUGAGUGAACCAUCUUUUGUAUACCUAGCUGUUGGCACCCAUUUUGUGGGCCAGGCCUCAAGGUCAAAGCUGUGUAAUUGGCCGCUUGGGCCUCUAACACAUCACUGCCUCACUGAAAACUUUCUCAAUGUUGUGUAUGGUGUGCAUUUAUUCAGUGUAUAGUUCUUGUAGUGCGCCACCCCCGUUUAAGUACAUCCCCUGUCUCGCCCCUACCCCACUUUAUACCAACCUCCCACUAUGUCCAAUAGCCACCACCUUCUUCUCUCAGUGGGUCAACCUACCCCACCAUCUUACCCCAACCUCCCACACUUUCUUCCCUUGAUGGGUGAACCCUACCCCACCCUCAUUGGGGGGUCUACCCAUCCUACCCUGUGAUAUAACAUUGUUUAUAGAAUUAAGAAUUCUGCAGCAGAAUAUUUUUGAAGAAAUUUGCUGUACAGUAUUUGUAAGCUCUAUUUUUGUAUAUUUAAUUGCCAUUUUGGAAAGAAAAAAUAAUGAAUGCAUUUCUUUUGUUAAUUCUGUUUUAUUCAUAAUGUUUUUUUGCAUGUGACUGACUUGAACUGUAAAUAAAAUUACCACAUUUUGGAAA